UCUUCUGAAGGUGCAGACGUCGACGCCGCCUUCAGCCAUGGGGAAAGUGGAGACGCCGAAGGAGAAGGCGGGCUUCGACCUGCACAUGUUCCGCCGCCUCUGGAAGAUCGUCAGAAUCAUCAUCCCCGGCUGGUGCUCUCUGCCGGCGGGACUCUUCUUCCUCCUGCUCUUCCUGUGCGCGCUAGAACAGUAUCUUGGAUAUUUCAUGGGUCUUGUUGCAAGUAAAUACUAUGCAGUGUUUGGCGACAGAAACUUCGACGGUUUCAUAAUGCACACCCUUAAAACCUGCGCUUUGAUAUUGGCCAUUUCAUCUGUGAUAAGCGUAAAGCUGUAUAUCAACAGCGUAUUAUACAUCACCUGGAGACAACUGCUUGAUAGAGCUCUCCAUCGCCUCUACUUCUCAGGGAUCAACUACUACACGCUCAAUGUUCUUGAUUCUAAUGUUGAUAACCCAGACCAGCGCAUGACCCAGGACGUUGACAAAUUAUGUUCGUCAUUGGCAACAAUAACAACAAAGGUUAUAAUAGCACCAUUUCAGAUUGGCUAUUACACUUAUAAAACUUAUGUAGGAACAGGAUGGCUUGGCCCAGUCAGCAUCUACGCCUUCUUUUUUGUCGGCACAAUAGUCAACCGCAUCGUCAUGUCUCCCAUCGUGAAGUUUGUCAUGAAGCAAGAAAAAUGCGAGGGAGAUUUCAGGUUUAAGCAUAUGCAAGUACGCGUGAAUUCCGAAUCAAUAGCCUUCCACGUCUCUGGGCCAGUUGAAUCUUGCAAGACAAACCGAGCUUUGGACAUCUUAGUGCGAGCACAGCAGAGGCUCUUCAAUAGACAGAUAAUUUUGAACUUCACAAGAUAUAUGUUUGACUACUUUGGUUCCAUCAUUUCCUAUCUGGCCAUUUCAAUCCCCAUUUUUAGUGGGAAAUUUGGUGAAGACGAAGAUAUUUCAUCCGUCGUUAGUGCCUACGCCUUCGUCUCAAUGUACCUGGUGUUCAGCCUGACCUCACUUGUGGACUUGGGCAGUCAAGUAGUGGUAUUAUCAGGUGUGACGCAUCGUGUUGCUCAGUUGGUCGAGAGGCUGCUCAAACUUCAGCAUGAAUGGGAUAUUAAUACACUUCAGGCCUCCUCUUCCUUUACAAACAUAACACAGAAUCUCCGAAAGCGAUCUGGGUCAAGAGAUAGCAGUGCGUCAUCCAGUGACUCAAGGCGCCUUAUAGAGGACUCUCCUGAAAAUGAAGUCGCAGUUUGUGGGGAAGAUCAGACAUCGUUAGAUAUUGCUUUCAUUCUCAGAGAUGUCACCAUUUCAGCCCCAGGAUCAAAUACAGUAUUGGUUUCAGAUUUGCAGCUGGUCAUCAAGAAAGGUGAAAGUCUUCUGAUCAUGGGACCAAGUUCUGCUGGAAAGUCGAGCAUCCUGAGGGUAUUACGUGGAUUGUGGCCGGCUGCCCGAGGUACCGUGGCUCACGACUUCCCACCAGGACCUAAGUCUGUGAUUUUCCUUCCACAGAAACCUCUUAUGACUAAUGGAUCUUUAUUGGAACAGAUCAUCUAUCCACUGCGACUGGACCCCAAUAGUCCCGUUAGCUCAGAGACAUGCGAGGAGAUCAAGAGUCGUUUAGAUGCGCUUCAUAUGAGUGAGUUGGUUGCUAGGUGUGGAGGUCUCCAAACAGAUCCAGACUGGAAUUGGAAUGAUGCCUUAUCACCAGGAGAGAUGCAGCGUGUGUGUUUCCUUCGCAUUCUUUACCACAAGCCACAGUUCGCUUUGCUAGACGAGGCCACAAGUGCUCUGAGCCUCGAUGUCGAAGAACAGUUAUAUCAAGCCUGCCUGGACCAGAACAUCACGAUUAUUAGCGUUGCACAUCGAGAGUCCCUCAUUAAGUAUCAUAAUUAUUUACUCACUCUUGACGGCAAGGGAGGAUGGAAGAAGGAGCAAGUGAGUUAGGAGGAAGGAAAGGAAUUUUGAAUUUUAGUCCAGGAUUGCUGUGGUCUUUCUCCCAUUUCUUCCUCUGUCUGUAUUUUUUAACAAAUGUGUGCAUGUAUGAGAGUUGAUAUCUGAAACUAAAUUUUAUUUCUAAUCUUUUAACCAUUGAAGAGGAAUUGUUUUAUACUUUUUAGUAAAUUGAGAAAUUACAUUCCUAAAACUAUCUAUAUCAGUGUAUGGGAAAUAAAAGAUAAUUUUAUAUUAAUAUGAUUAUGUGAUAAGAUUUAAAAAUAACUUAUGCGUAUGUGAAUUAGGUAUUUAUGCAACCAAUUUGAUAAAUAGUGGAACUAGAUUGUAGAAUGUAUGAGAAUUUACUUUUAUGAGGCAAAAUUCCUACAGUUGUUGGUGAAUUGUUAGUUAGGAAUUUAUGCUUUAAGAGUAUGUAU